AAAACAGUAAAAACAAUCUUUGCACCCCCGACACAUAAACUCCAGAUACACGCUUGGUUUUUAUUGGCAAUGUCAAAUACUUAACUACAAACCACAUUAAUUUCACCUGCACCAGUAAAACGGCUGCAUGUGUGUACUAAGUUACAGCUCGCGCAUGACAAAAGAAAUGUUUUAGUUUCACUCUUGGAAUGGACAGAAGAGGUUAGUGUGAGAGGGCACACGCGCUUCCUGGACUCCAGCUACAAACAAGGAUUGUAAUCGAUACAGAUCAAUAAUCACGGACAGCAGUGCGAAAUGGAUCAUUCACGAGCUCAAGACAAACCAGAAAACAAGGGGUCCGUGUACAGAGAUGAGUCUUCUGAGAAGAGGCUCAGUGACAGCACUGCGGGUCCCUCUAAGGGUGAGCUGAGACCAAUCAGGAGAGUGCGAAGUCCAUCCAGACCAAGGGCAUGGCUGUCCAAUUCUUACAAACCAAAGCUUGGAGGACACUUCAACUUGCCUCGCUUUUCAAAAGAUGGCCAUUCGUUCUACAAACCUGGUUUCAGCAACCACAGGUACCACCACCUAAAGCCUCGGCCCUUCUUGCAUCGCAGAGAUUACUUCCCGUUCCCACCAAAACCUCACCACUCCGCACUCAGGGAGAGGCAGAGGGAGAAGGAGAAGGAGAGGGAGAGGGAGAAGGAAAAAGAGAGGGAAAAGGAAAAAGAGAGGGAAAAGGGAAAAGAAAAGGAAAAGGAACGCUACGAGCAGAGGGAGAACGGCGAUCGAAGUUUACAGCUAAACCAAAUGAAAGUUUCUAGAUCUGCCUUUCCCAGGUCAUCCUCCAGCAGGGACACGCAGGACAAGCAGGACAAGCAGGACAAGCCGGACAUGCAGGACCUGCAGAUCACCGUUUCUCAGAGUGACAGUAACCAAAGCAGCGAGAGAGAGCACAGAGCGACCAAAAGUAAAGACAGAGAGCGAAGCCGUGGAGACGUGGAGCUCCCUUUAACUACAAGCCAUACGGUGGCACGAGACAGAGCCAUCCAGCAGAAGAGGAGAGAAAUAGAUGAGGUGUACUCUCAGGAGUGUGAACUGUUCGGCCUCGUAGCAAAAUUGCUGAUUGCCAAGGAUCCGUCCCUGGAGCGGCCCAUCCAGUCAUCCUUGCAGGAGAACCUCCGGGACAUCGGCAAGCGGUGCGUGGAGGCCAUGGAGAAAUUCAUUGAGGACUACGACUCCAGGUGGUCGCUGAACUAAUACCUAACUUCGUCAGGUGUUAAGAAUUUAAUUUCAUAUGACCUUGAUAGCCUUGUAUGUUCUGGACCACAUUCCAGAUGUCCCAAGACUGAUGUUCACCACUGGUGGAAAAUGAAAAAGAAGCUGGAGAUUUGAUAGUAAAGAUAAAAAUGAUGAUGAUUGAUGAUUGAUGAUUGAUGAUGAUGAUGAUGAUGAUGAUAUAAGAAAUGAACUUGUUGUAUUAAUGCUAUUGUAAUGAUUGCAUAGACUGCUAUGUGUGACUCACUUUAUUUAUUCUUGUUUGAGUUUUUAUAAUUAAACUUUUUAUCCAGCAUAUAAUAUAUCACAUGGUCCAAGUUAUUUUUAGUUGCUUAUUUACAUAUGUUCAAAUUUGUGAUAUAGCAGGAGUAUGUGAUGUUUAGAGUUUAAGUGCUUUUUCAAUACAAGAGUGUUGAUUUCAUGUUUCAUCUAGAGCUGGAGUCAUAGAUAGAUGGAGUCAUAGAGUGGCUCAUACUGAUGUCCAUUUAAAUAUGAGCUGAUAACAAAUAAUCGCAUCAGAGAAAUGGCAAAGAUGUGUCUGAACAUAGCAGGUUAACCAGAAGAUAUGAACUAAAAUGUCCUGCACUGUUAAAAGCACUGGAUGAAGAACAAAAUAAGGAGUUAUAUUGCCUUGGA